AUGUGUCUGUUGGAGGGGAAUGGGAGAUCAAUAUGUCGAUGGUGUCGUUUCGAAAAAUGCAAAGAAAUCGGUAUGGAUCCGGAAAAGGUGAUACUUGACUAUGACCCCACAACUUCUCAAAAAGUGCCGACGAUGCCAAAAAUGGAUCCGAAACUUCUGGAAGAGCAGAGCUCUGAGCCGGAAAAGAGCAAAGAGAAGAUGAUGAUAAAAAUUGAUUUUUCGGAAUUGACCAAAAAAGAGACAUCAGAAGAGGAAGAAGAUGGUCAGGGUUCUUUUGAUUCUGUCUAUCUGAAUGAUCUACAACAUUUGACCAAAGGAUUACAAGAGUUUCGUGCACCGAUAUGGUCGAAAGAGGAGAUUCAGUUCAUAUUGGUUAGUGAUGACACUGUGAUGAUGGUGGAUACGAGUUUGGUUCAUAUCGAGGAGAUCACCGAGCUGACUGAUGAUUAUUUUCGGAAACUCUUCCAUCCAUUUCUCAACAAGUACAUCGAAGAAGUCGCCCGCCCCCUAUCCGAACUCGAUUUGACCGAAGAGGAAGUCGUUUUUUGCAUGAUUAACAUUCUAGGAUUUGACGUGACCGAUUUGACUCCGGAGACGCUGGAAAUCCUGCACAAAUUCAAGGAGAAAAUUUCUGAUCAAAUGCAUAAUUAUUACAUGAAUUCGACGAAUUUCAAGAUGUAUUCACAUCGGAUAAUCAAAUUGAUGAAGCUGGUUAAUACUAUGACGGCAAUCGCUCGAGAAAAGGCAAAAAUCAAGGAGAUCAUUUGGAUAUUCGACAUUUACAAAGCGGAAAUAUCAGAUCCCUACUUUUUUCAAAUGUUUUAA